GGAUAGUCUCUAAGGUUCUAUGAAAAAAAUAAGAUUCAUUUUUUUGCAUUUGGAUUAAUAGUCCAUGUCUAAAAACACUGAUAUGUCAUGGCCUGCACCAAAAAUAUUACCUCUAUCUUUUUUAAUUCAAUAAACAAAGUGCCGGAUUGAAUUUUUGUCAUCCACACAAAAAUUCGGCAUUUAUCUAUGCUCUAUUCACUGAGACCCCUGCUGACCCUGCUCGUAGAACACAGUGCGCAACACUGACCGCCGGUCAUUUAGAUGAAGAUGUCAGAGGAGAAGAGAUCAACACGUGGGAGAAAGCGAACUUUAACUGAUUCAGCCAGAAAACGACACAGGAGCCUGGUUGUUUCGAAAUAUAAUCAAGGAAGAAUAGCUUUAGGUGAGCAGUAUGAUCGGUGGAUGGAACUUAAGGAGACUUUGCAGCUAAAAUCACAUGCUGAUGUUGCAGAGUACUUGCUUGAUCGAAAUGAAAACUUGGCAGUAGAAAACUCUGCAAAGAAAAUGAAAAUCCAGUUGAAUGCUAAAACAUCAACUCCAGGACCUAGAGCUACAAUUUUUUCACCAAAUUUCUCAGAUGUUUCUGAAAUUUCUUCAGACCAGGAAAAGAAGAACAGAAACUCAGAUUUAUCCGGUGUUGAAGAAUUCAACAGAAUUGAUAAAAUACAGAAAACUUUAAACAGUUUUUUAAAUCCUUCAGAUCUUUCAAUUUGCUGGACAGAAAACUUCACUAGUGAAGAUUCUGAGGAUUCCUCUGACGAAGAAUAUGAACCGAGCUACAUUAUGACAAUAAGAGAGGACACACAAACUGAGGCCAUGAUUGAGGAAUCAGAGGAUGAGGAAGGUUUUGAUGAGGAAUCACUUGAUUUUGAUGUUCAACCAGGUCCAGGUGUUAGUAAAAUUUUAUCACAAGAGGAUGUUGAAGACGCCAAAGAAGAUCAACCCUUCAUUGUUUAUCUGUCACAAAUACUGACACUGGCUAAAAUGCAUUACCUGCAAAAUUGUCAAAUUAAAUCGUGCAAUAAACAAGUGUCUGUGGAAAAAGCUAUUGUGGGAUCAGCACUCUAUUUAAAAUGGGUUUGUGCUGAAGGACACCAAGUACAACAAUGGUGCUCACAGCCUGUCCUAAAUAGAGGAAUGCAUCUAGGAGAUUUGAUGCUCUCUUCUUCAAUUUUACUUUCCGGAAGCAAUUUUCAGAAAGUUUCAAUGAUGGCCAAAUUCAUGAAAUUUCCUUUUAUCAGCAAAAAUUCUUUUUACAAAAUACAGAGAACCUACUUGAUUCCAGCUGUUGAUGAAUUUUGGACAGAGCAUCAAGAAACGGUCUUUGACCAGUUUCGCGGAAGAGAUAUAGUUAUCUUAGGGGAUGGUAGAAUGGAUAGCCCUGGUCACACAGCUCAAUAUUGUUCAUACACUUUUAUGGAGUAUGAUACAAAGACCAUAUUAUACAUUCUCACCAUGGACAAGCGUGCUACAGAGAAGAAAAGCACAAAUCUUGAGAAGGCUUGCUUUGUUCAAGGUUUGCGCUUUCUUCUCGAUGAGGGACUACGGAUUGUUGAGGUUGUGACUGAUGCACAUGUCCAAGUGGCCUCAGUAAUGAAAAAAGACUUCCCAAACAUAAGACAUUCUUUUGAUAUUUGGCAUGGGACAAAAAACUUGGGAAAAAAAAUCAUCAAGGUUGGCCAAGAAAAAAGCAAGAAAGAUCUGCUGUCAUGGACAAAGGAUGUUGUCAACCAUUAUUGGUUCACAGCUAGCAUCUCCAACACAAAGGAAGAGUUUAUUGGGAACUGGAUAGGAAUCCUACACCAUACAGUAAAUGUUCAUAGCUGGGUUUUGUCCUACAGCAACAUUAAUGAGUGCAGUCAUGGACCACUGACUGAAGAGCGGACAAAAGGAUGGUUAGAAAAAGAUUCUCCAGCUCAUGUGGCCCUUCGCGAGAUUGUUUUAGAUAAACGUCUCCAGAACAAUGUAACCUACUAUCUAAACUGCAGAAGCACAGCAGAACUGGAAAAUUUUCAGAAUCUUGUGAAUGCAUAUGCCUCCAAGCGACAUUCUUAUAACCCACCCACAUAUAGAUGCAGGAAUCGACUUGCUGCCCUGGACCAUAACCACCAUAUCAACAGAAACAUUCUUGUUAAAAAAGAUGGCUCAACACAAUUUCAGAGGAGUUACAACAAAAAAAGUGGCAGGUGGGCGGUUCACCCUGUAAAGGAGAAGAAAGCUUUUGAAUAUAUGCCAUCACUGCUUAAAAAGAUUCUUCUGUCCAGGGUAUCAGAUGAGAUGGGGAUGAACCAGCCAGUGGUACUGGAAGCAGAUGAUCCAAGAAGGUUGUCCUCUCACCUGGCUCCACUCCCACCACCACCAACAGAUCAGCUUGCUUUAGAACAGAAGUCAAGAUUCAUUUAAUGACUAGGCAUUAAUAUUGGAAAAACAUAAGAUAUAUAGGGCUACAUGUCAAUUUAACAUUAUUGUAUGAUUACUUUAUUUUUAGUUUUAAAAAAAUGAAUAAAUUUGUAC